ACUCUGGCGCACAGCACAUUUCAGGGUUUACGCAAUUUCGAGCCGUAAGAUUUUCUUCGACCUGUGAAAAGGCUUUUUACCCCCUGCCAGGACAGCUAAAUCUACACUCUUAAAAGCGCCAAUAGGAAGCCCAGAACCAUGUCACAUGCAUUUGCCGCCGCCGUCUGCCGGUCCACCGCAUCAAUGUCAUUGGCCCUGCGCUGCAGCCGGCGCGCCAUGAGCUCCGCCAGAAUGCUGCGUAUGGCGGGUGCCACUGCCACCUCCACUGCCUGCAAGGAUUGGCAGAGAAACGGACUACUUGCUGCGCCCAGGACCGGCAACAUGCAGCAGUACCUUCGCGAGUAUGCCAACGAGAAGAAGGUGUUCGAGCGAACCAAGCCCCAUUGCAAUGUGGGCACCAUUGGCCAUGUGGAUCACGGCAAGACUACGCUCACGGCGGCCAUCACCAAGGUCCUGGCCGACAAGCAGCUGGCCGAGAGCAAGAAAUACAAUGAAAUCGACAAUGCGCCCGAGGAGAAGGCUCGUGGUAUCACCAUCAAUGUAGCCCACGUGGAAUACCAGACGGAGACGCGCCACUACGGCCACACAGAUUGUCCGGGACAUGCCGAUUAUAUUAAGAACAUGAUCACCGGUACAGCCCAGAUGGAUGGCGCCAUUCUCGUUGUGGCUGCCACCGAUGGUGCCAUGCCCCAGACCCGCGAGCAUAUGCUGCUCGCCAAGCAGAUCGGCAUUGAUCACAUUGUGGUGUUCAUCAACAAGGUGGACGCCGCCGAUGAGGAGAUGGUCGACCUGGUGGAGAUGGAGAUCCGAGAGCUGCUUACCGAGAUGGGCUAUGAUGGUGACAAGAUCCCUGUGGUGAAGGGCUCGGCGCUGUGCGCCCUCGAGGACAAGAGCCCCGAGAUUGGCAAGGAGGCGAUCCUGAAACUGCUCCAGGAGGUGGAUAGCUUCAUCCCCACGCCUGUGCGCGAGCUGGACAAACCCUUCCUGCUGCCUGUUGAGAAUGUGUACUCGAUUCCCGGACGCGGCACCGUCGUCACUGGUCGCCUGGAGCGCGGAGUGGUCAAGAAGGGCAUGGAGUGCGAGUUCGUGGGCUAUAACAAGGUGCUUAAGUCGACGGUGACGGGCGUGGAGAUGUUCCACCAGAUUCUGGAGGAGGCGCAAGCCGGUGAUCAGCUGGGCGCUCUGGUGCGCGGCGUUAAGCGAGAUGACAUCAAGCGCGGCAUGGUCAUGUGCAAGCCGGGCAGUGUGAAGGCUCUCGAUCAGCUGGAGGCCCAGGUGUACAUCCUGUCCAAGGAUGAAGGCGGCCGCACAAAGCCCUUCAUGUCCUUCAUCCAACUACAGAUGUUCUCCCGCACCUGGGAUUGCGCCGUGCAGGUGCAGAUUCCCGACAAGGAGAUGGUCAUGCCCGGCGAAGACACCAAGCUCAUUCUGCGCCUCAUCCGGCCAAUGGUCCUGGAGCAGGGACAGCGCUUCACGCUGCGUGACGGAAACCUGACCCUGGGCACUGGUGUCGUCACCAGCACUCUGCCCCCAUUGACUGAAUCGCAGCGAUCCGAGUUGACGGAGGGCAAGAAAGCGCGCGAGAAGAAGGAGGCGGCUAAGAAGUAGAUCCCCGGAACGCCGUCAGUCAUUAACUAAAAUCAUAUUCUUAAGCGAUUUUUAUGCAUAUUGUAUAAGUUGUUGGCGCUCCAAUCACAAUCGAGUAAAAUAUAAACAAACACAUGGACAACGAA